CAAUAUUUGCUUUGCGUCUGCCAAUCAUUUCGGAUGACAAAUGCAUGGAUACUACUUAUUUUGCCCAUAUAUAUGAGCUUGUCUGGGUGCAAAAUACUAGCAUUCACAAGAGUGAUCAACGAAUACUACUGAACCAACAGAACAGAGUGCAGCUAAGAUAUAUGCUACAUCGAAGACCUUGAUAUCAAUAUGAUGCUGUUAUUUGUGGUGGUUGCCUUAUUGUCUAUCAACGAAAUGGAAGGUAAAAGUGAGGAGUUCAAAAGGAAAUUUGGAGAGCAUCACGCACAACCAUGGAAGAGAGACAAUGAUAACGCAUUUGCCAAUGACAUCAACAAGUGUCUUUUCACCAAGUGGACAACUGCAUCAGGAAGCAAAGAUGCGGUGCUGAGUGGACCAGUCCAAUGUAAAGGACAAGGAGGAACAGCCGUGCAGCUCUGUUAUGGCACAGCACCACCUGUAGCACAAUUUGCUGUUUGCUACAACACCAACACACUUAUCCCAGACUUCACGGGUCACAUAGUGAGGAAAGACAUCGAGGGUGUUGGAAGAGACACUGACUGGAGGGCAGACGUAGGAACGUUUGCCCCAAAACCACAGKCAACCAUUGCGGACUAUGACCCCUACAGCCAAAAAGGGCUCUACGACAACUAUGAUAUCCAGAACCAAUAUUUUUGCGCCAAGGGACAUCUGACUCCAAAUGCGGACUUCACUGASGACGAUCAGCGUUUAUUGACCAUGAUAACGACCAACAUUGCACCACAAUGGCAAAACUUCAACAGUAAAAAUUGGGCAGGACUCGAGGAAGCUGUGAGGACGAGUGCCCGAAACGACAAAAGGGAUGUUUAUGUCUUUACUGGAGUUGGUGGUCAAGCAAGAAAUUUAAUGGGUGAUAUCAUCAAGCUCAACAAAAGAGUUCUGGCACCAAGAUGGUACUGGAAAGCGGUCUGCGAUCCUGGUGCCAAGCAGUCUAUCGUUUUUCUAGGAGAAAAUGCCAUCGGUAUCGCAGAUACCACCAAAGCUGCUGGGUGUAACAACAUAAUGCAGACAAAAAAUGCAGGAAUAGUAUACUGCUAUAGUUUAGAAGGAGCUCGUAARAAAUACCCAGAUUUCAAAUGGCCUCCAUUUAACGAGAAUUGCAAACCAUCCGAGAAAGGCACUUUCAUGGAUAACGAGCUCAGAAAUGCUUUUGUGUAAUUCCUCAGUGAAUGAUUAACAAAGCAAAUAAAGAGAUUAAUAGAAUUGGU